GAACGGCCUCUGCCGAGGCUGGCGCUAAUUGGCUGGCGCUCGGGAGCCUGCGCGCCGGUUGGGACCUCUACUCCAGCCAGGAGGGGGUGCGCGAACCUGCCGUGCGGUGGCCUCCCGGGUGCCCCGCGAUCGCCCCCAAGCGCCUUCUCCGAAACGAGCAUCUCGCCGUCCCGCCACGUGGCCCUUCCUGGGUUCAUCAUGAGCGCCGUGGGGGACGCGGCGAAGCCGGGGCGCUUCCUCGGCGUCUACCUGCUCUAUUGCUUGAACCCUCGGCAUCGGGGCCGCGUGUACGUGGGCUUCACUGUCAACCCUGCGCGUCGGGUCCAGCAGCAUAACGCGGGCCGCAGAAAAGGCGGGGCCUGGCGCACCAGCGGGCGAGGGCCCUGGGAGAUGGUGCUCAUCGUGCACGGCUUCCCGUCCUCGGUGGCUGCGCUCCGGUUCGAGUGGGCCUGGCAGCAUCCGCACGCCUCGCGCCGCCUGGCGCACGUGGGCCCCCGCCUGCGCGGCGAGGCCGCCUUCGCCUUCCACCUGCGCGUGCUGGCGCACAUGCUGCGGGCGCCGCCGUGGGCGCGCCUCCCGCUCACGCUGCGCUGGCUGCGCCCCGACUUCCAGCGUGACCUGUGCCCGCCGCCGCCGCCGCACGUGCCACUGGCCUUCGGGCCGCCGCCGCCCCGCACCUGGGCCCCGAGGCGCCGCGCCGACACGGAGCCCGGCACCUGCACCCUGUGCCGCGGAGCGCUGCAGGAAGGCCAGGGCCCCCUGCGCUGCCCGCACCCCAGCUGCCGCCUGCGGGCGCACGUGAUCUGCCUGGCGGAAGAGUUCCUUCGGGGAGAGCCCGGACAGCUUCUGCCGCUGGAGGGGCAGUGCCCCAGCUGCAAGAACUCACUGCUCUGGGGAGACCUGGUCUGGCUGUGCCGGACAGGCGCCGAGGAAGACGAGGACUCAGAAACAGAGGAGGAACACUGGACGGACUUGCUGGAGACCUGAUCCUCCGCAGCUGCGGCCCUCCCUCCCCUUCCCGUGCGUCCCAUGCAGGUCUGGCGGUUUUUAUUUGAGUGCCAUAAACAGCCGAGUUAAGGGCCCCUCCAGUGUGUGCGGGGUGGGCGGGGCACGAGCCGUGCGCAGCCUCUACUACAAGCUCAAAGUUCCCCGGAGACUUGGGCAGCUUGCUGACUCAGCCUGCCCGCCAGGAUCUCCCACGUGGGUGCAGGGGCCCCAGUACUCGGGCCAUCUGCCCUGCUUUCCCAGGGGCUUUAGCUGGGGCUCAUUUGGCUCAUGGGAUGCCUGCCAUGCCCCUGCGCAGGGCCCGACCCUUGGACUUACAGGCCAAAGGCAUCGUCUUCCUCCGUGGGGUCCUGUGGCUCUCCUAGCCCCCUUUAAUCCUAAAGCAAAGCUGCUCUGCAGGAUGUCCCACGAGGCCCUGCAGGAGCCGUGACACCGGGGUCCUCGUUCUUUCCUGACCUCACGGAGAGCUGCCUCAAAAAAGGCCUUUCCCCUGGGGGCAGCGCUGUGGUGCAGUGGGUAAAGCCACCACCUACGGGCACCGGUUCGAGUCCCAGCUGCUCCACUUCCAG